AUGGUUAGGGCCGAUGCAUCCGUGAGCAUCAAGGUGCUCCUGAACGCCACGGCAGCGCACUUUGGUUUUAGGCCGACUUACCGGAGGGUUUGGAUGGCGAAGCAGAAAUCUAUUGCCCUCAUAUACGGUGACUGGGAUGAGUCCUACAACGACCUGCCUAGGUGGGUCUUGGGUGUCCAGCUGACGAUGCCUGGGAGUGUUGUGGUCCUGAAGACGAGCCCGGUUCGAGUUGGAGGACAGGUGGACGAAUCUCAAGCGUACUUCCACAGACUUUUCUGGACUUUCCCGCCCUGCAUCGAGGCAUUCCGUCAUUGCAAGCCGCUAAUCAGCAUUGACGGCACACAUUUGUAUGGGAAGUAUGGGGGAACGUUGCUCAUCGCGAUUGCACAGGAUGGGAACUCCAACAUUCUACCUGUGGCAUUCGCACUAGUAGAGGGUGAGAACGCGGAAUCCUGGACAUUCUUUCUCUCACACCUUCGACAGCACGUGACCCCGCAGCCCGGUCUGCUGGUUAUAUCGGACAGGCACAACGGCAUCAAGGCUGCACUUGAGGCCCCUGACGGCGGUUGGCUACCGCCAUCUGCGUACCGUGCAUUCUGCAUACGACACGUUGCGGCUAAUUUUGCCCUAACCUUCAAGGGCAAAGAUGCUAGGAGGCUACUAGUGAACGCGGCGUAUGCGAAGACCGAGGUUGAAUUUGAUUACUGGUUUGAUAUCCUGCGAUCUGAAGAUCCGGCGAUGUGUGAGUGGGCGAACCGGAUUGAUUACUCGUUGUGGACUCAGCAUCGUGAUGAGGGGCGGAGAUUCGGUCACAUGACGACGAACAUCUCCGAGUGUGUGAACUCUAUCCUGAAGGGGGUCAGAAAUCUCCCUGUAGCAUCCCUGGUGAAGGCAACAUAUUGUAGGCUUGCGGAACUGUUUGUUCGCAAGGGGAGAGAGGCUGAGGCCCAGAUGGGAACAGGACAACAAUUCAGUCAGCAUUUGGUGAAGUGUAUUGAGGCCAACAUGAAGACGGCCAGGUGCUUCACGGUGACGCUGUAUGACCGGGAUAACUCCGAGUUCACUGUAGCAGAGACUACUCCGACUGGUUCUUUCUCCUUGGGUACUUACAGAGUAUCACUUGCCUCUCGGACAUGUGACUGCGGGUACUUCCAGGCUCUUCAUUUCCCGUGUCAGCACGCACUUGCGUGCUGUGCAUACUCACGGGUCACCUGGACCUCUUACGUUCACAGCGUCUAUCAGAUUAGCUCGGUCUUCAAUGUGUAUCGGAUGGGAUUCACACCUCCCAUCCCGGAGGGCUUCUGGCCACCUUACGACGGGCCCACAGUGAUUCCAGACCCUGCCAUGAGGCGUGCCAGAGAGGGUCGUCCUAGAUCCACUAGGAUACGGACGAACAUGGACGAGGCGGAUCCGAAUCGGCCAAAGAGGUGCGGCCUAUGUCGCCAACCUGGACACACGCGACGUAGUUGCCCACAGGUAGCUCGGCACGUGGUCCCCAUCCUCGCCGACUUCUCUGUCCGUGGCUUGGACCAACUCGCCUUCGGGUCACCAUUUGCCAUCGUCUCUGCUCUCGCCGUCAUCUCGCCGGUUGCUGCCGUGUCUCCGUUGAAGGUUAGUGGCCCUGCUCUCACAAAAAAUACAUGUUUCAAAGAAACUAUUGGUAAAAGGCGUUUCGGUUAUAGAGAUUGCGAUGCUUUUCAUGAUGCAGGGCUCCAAUCCAAUACGUGUAUCCCUUUUGAUUUUCUGAAAUUCAGAGCUUAUGACAAUGCUGCUAUCAAAUGCAAUGGAAGGGAAGCAGUGACUAACUUUGAGCCAAGUGGCAUUCAUAAUCUUGAACUUAAUUUGAGCAUAGCAACUCCAGGACAUGGUCUGAAAGAAAAUAGGGGGCAACUCCAGUUCUCCUGGGUCCCUUACAGCAUGCAUGCUAGAAGAACAAUGGUAUAG